AUGCAAAAGAUCAAGCAAAUUAGGAAUGAAUUUUUUAUUAACACUUCGUUUCCAGGAGUUGUGGGCUGCAUUGAUUGCACACAUAUUGCAAUUGUACCUCCUAACAACCAGAAUGCAGAAAUACCCGAGUAUAUUUAUGUAAACAGAAAAGGUUACCACUCAUUAAAUGUACAAUUGAUUUGUGAUUCUAAACUUUAUAUUUUGAGUGUGAAUGCAAAAUUUCCUGGCAGUACAGCAGAUUCUCAUAUAUGGAAUUCAACUACAGAUAUAAAAAACAUCUUAGAGGAAUUGUAUAGACGUGAAUACAAAGGCAUAUACUUACUGGGAGAUUCAGGAUACGCCCUAAGACCUUGGCUUUUAACACCAUAUUCUGAAACAACAACUAACGAAGAAGAAAAAUACAACAAAAUGCAGAUGUCAACACGAAGUAUAAUUGAGAGGUGUAAUGGUGUAUUAAAGGCUCGGUUUAGGUGUUUAUACUGGGUAUUACACUAUACACCGAAAAAAUCAGGGAAAAUUGUAAAUGCCCGUGUUAUUUUACACAAUAUGUGUAUAUUUUCUAAAAUUCCAGUUCCAGACAUGAAUGAUGACAAUGUGGAAGAAAUUGAUUUAGGAAUUAUAAAUAAUGAUUAUCCUGAAGAUGGCACUCGAAGAAGGAAUGUGAAUCCUGAAUUAGUUGAAAGUAGAAGAAUAAGAGACAAUAUAGCAAGAUGUUUGUUUAACAACAUUAUAAAACUAUUAAGAUAA